GGUCUGCAAUUUCGAAUUGUUGUUUUCUCCUUUUUCAAUUAGAUUUCCAUAUUUCUUUCUGCUAAAUUAGGCUGGAUUAUAAAUUCUUUGUGGUUACUUCUAUGCUAUACCGAAUAUGUUUUUUGGAUUUCAAGUUUGUUCGAUUUUAUUUGGGGUCUGCUAAUUUUGGAGCAGCAAAGCUCUUGAAAUUACAGCUGAAUCGGACUUUAAGGUUUUCGCUCUGUGCGUUGCGGCGAGAAAUUGCUUUGUCGUGCGUGAAGCUUAUGUCUUAGUGUAUAUGUUUGUGUCUGAAUUGUUGAUGGGCUUUGGAUGAAUUGAUGUUAUUCAUUUGACCAAUUGAUCAAUAAUAAUGAAUAUAUAGGUUGCUUAGCAGAAAAGAAUGGAACUUUUGUGAGAUUAGGAUGGAACACAGUGAUGUUGCAUGAUUCAUUGAAUGAAGUGGCCAUAUGUAGGAUACUUUUGUGGGAAAUUCACUUUUGUCCAUGUAGAUGAGUUGUGGAGAUAAAAGAGGGUGCUAGGAGGGUCUUUGAAGCAAUGCAGGUACGAACUGUUGGACCUGGAAUACUAUGAUCAGUGGGUAUUGCCGAAAUGAUAGUCCUAAAGAGGCCCUAAUGAUUUACAGGAGAAUGGAAGAUGCUGGUGUUCAUGCUGAUUUUGCCACUGUGCUUUCCGUGUAGCCUGCGUGUGGGUGUCUGAAGAACUUUGAGAUAGGCAGAGAGGUUCACUCACUGGUCUAACAAGUAGUUUUUUGGGAAAAUUUGUCUGUUUGGAAAGCUGUCAUUGAUAUGUACAUCAAGUGUGGAAGAAAGGAUAAAGCUAGGUCGGUUUUUGAGAAGAUGAUCGAUAGAGAUGUGGUUACUUGGACUACAAUGAUCCACAGUUUCAUUUCAAUUGGUACUUAAAAAUGCACUAUGAUUUUCUCAAAGGAUGCUCUGGCAUCCCUUCUUGCUGCAUGUGCCAGUUUGCCUCAUUUGAGGCUUGGCAAAUGCUGCAUGGCUGGGCUAUCAGGAUGGACCUUCAGGCUUCAGGUUGAUGUUCAUGUAGAAACUCGCCUUAUUGACAUGUAUGCUAAAUGCAAUUGUUUUAGACUAGGCUAUCAGGUGUUUACAAAGACUAGCAAGAAGAGGACUGAGCUUGCAAGAGAAGCGAUAGAGCUUUUCAAGUUCAUGUUGUUAGAUGCUGUCAAACCUAAUGAUGCAACCCUGAAAAGUGUGCUUCCUGCAUUUGUCAUUGAAGUUGAUCCAAGGCAAGCGUUGAGCAUGCACAACUAUCUCGUAAGAUCCGGAUUUGUUACAAGAACUGAGGUAGCUACUGGUGAUAUAUACUCUAAAUGUGGAAAUUUAGAUAAUGGUCACAAGAUUUUCAAUGGGAUACCCAAGAAAGAAAGGGACAUAAUCUUGUGAAGUACAUUAAUUGCUGGUUAUGGGAUGCAUGGGCAUGGCGAGACUUCUUUGUCACUGUUUAAUGAGAUGGUGCAAUCUGGGGUCAAACCUAAGCUGGUGCCUGUGUGAUACAUGAAAAUGUGGAACUGGGAGAAUUGUCUGCAAGGUGGCUGUUUAAGCUGGAGCGAGAGAACACAGAAAAUUAUAUACUAUGGGGAAAGAUCUAUUCUGCAGUUGGAAGAUGGAAAGAUGCAGAGAAUGUGACUUUUGGGAAUGAAUUCGGACUGAUAAAGGCGCCAGCUCAAAGUGUCAUUGGGUGACUAGUAGAUGAUUUCUUUUAGUUUCCUUGCAAAUAGAGUUAAACGGAGGCUGCAGGGUGAGGGUAACAUCUGAGAAAUAUGAAACAAUAGGACCACAGCUAACCCUCUCAAGUCUUCGGUGGUGUUUAUAAUUUCCUCAAUUUUUUGCUAUUGUAAUUAUAGUUUCAACUCACAGGUGUUAGCUAGACACUUCAAUUUUCUUCGUUGUUUCCUUCUGCUCUUAAUUAUCUUUUCUGUCAUUUUGGUUUAUUGUAGUAGGUUCUCAGCAAAGUUCGUCUAAUCUUGUCAUUUGCUAAAACAAUGGAUGGAACUCCUGGAAAA